GGCUUGAGGAGGGAAGCUGUUGUGUCUGAGGAAAAGAGGGAGUUCGCGGUUCCCAUCUGUGAACGCCGCUUGGGAAGGAAGAAGCUAAGAGAACUGGUGUCUGCCUGCCCCUUUUCUAGUCACUGGGGCAGGCAGGACGAGGAGGUCGGCAUGUCGCCUUUUGAGGGGCUGACGGUCGGGUGGAUCGUUGCUUCCUCUUUUUGAAGUGGUAACAUGUUGAGGCUAGAACCCUUAAUAGGACAGCGUAGUGGUUGGGAGGCUUGGGUUCAAAUGUCAGCUUGCUAUGAAUCAACCUCCCUUGGGCCAGUCGUUCUCUCAACCUAAAGCUACCUGUCUGGGUGGUUAUGAGGAUGAAUUGGGGGAAAGAUUGAAUAAUGGAAGAGUGGAUAAAGAUGCACGGGAGAUGGCUAAAAUCUAAAACAUUUGAAUAAUAUGCAGGCCACAUAAAAUAAGAAUGUAAGGUGCUUUAAAAAGAUGCUACGUACCUUAUUUGCCUGCCCAACAAUAAUACUUACUUUAAUACUUACUCCCCAUUUAAAAUAUUAAUGUAUACUGAAGAAUUAAAUUUCAAGCACAGCUAAAUCUAGUGCAAGGCCCUUGGAGGAAAAAUGUCCUUUUCUCGAGUUGAAAAUCCUUGUUUUCUUCUUUUCUUGGUCAUCUUUCAAGCAAUAUUCAUUUUGAUAUUAUAUCGAGGUGGAGCUUCGAGUGUAUUUCGGGGUUUUUUAGAUGUUCCUCAACCAUUGGACUACUCAAAAACAGAGGAUGUGUAUACAAAUCUCAGCUUGUUUAUUCAUGCUCCUGAUAAGGAAACUAUGCCAUACUGUACACCACAGUCACCAAUAUUUGUUGGACCCUUAACAAUCACCUUUAAUACACUACCCAGUGAAAGAACAAUCAUCAGCAAAAAUCCUUAUGUCCAGUUAGGCGGGCUCUACAGCCCUCCCCAUUGCCUGGCUCGUUACAAAACAGCAGUGAUUAUACCACACAGGAAUCGUGAAAAACAGCUGCGCCACUUGCUCUAUUACCUUCAUCCCUUCCUCCAACGUCAGCAGCUUCACUACCGUAUCUACUUGAUUCACCAGGCUAGAAAUGGUCCAUUUAACCAAGCAAAGCUCCUUAAUGUUGGCGUCCAUGAGGCCAUGAAGGAUGACGACUGGGACUGUCUGCUUCUUCAUAAUGUGAACCUCAUUCCAGAGAAUGAUUAUAAUCUUUAUGUCUGUGAUGAAUACUACCCCAAACACAUGUCCAGUGCCAUAGACAAGUUACAAUACAGUUUGCCAUAUUGGUCUUUCUUUGGUGGUGUGUCUGCCUUGACCCCAGAGCAUUACAUGAAGAUGAAUGGGUUUCCAAAUACCUAUUGGGACCGUGGUGGUGAGCACGAUGACAUUGCUGAAAGAAUUCGAUUAGCAGGAAUGAAAAUAGUCCGGACCCCACUGCAUCUUGGCCGUUACAGGAUGAUGAACCAUGGACAAAUUUCUGGCUUUGCUGAGACUGUUAAAAGACCUGCUGUAUUGCAUACAAGAACAACCUGGAAAGAUGACGGAAUGAAUUCUCUAGAGUUCAAAUUACUGGCCAAGAAGCUGCAUCCUCUUUAUACUAACAUUACUGUGGACAUUGGGGACCCACCAAUGCUACCUCCACUGAGCAAAACACAGGAGAGCAACAUUUGAGAUUGUGAUGAUAUCUGGCUAUUGGGCAAUGCUGGACUUCCCUGAGAACACAGGGUUGUGAAAAUAUAUUUCUUUACUCCGAACUUCUGUUUACAAGAAAGAAAUGUGGUAUAUUAGCUUUAUUGUGAAACACAUUUGAGCAUUGUUAAGUGCAAAGUCUACUGAGCCCUGCACUCUUUCCUCACUACUUGCACAGCUCUUCUCAAAGAGCAAAUGGUAGACCAUAUAACCAGCUACACUGUGACGUGGAUACGUUCAGAUUAUUGUAUCCUUUAUGCAACUACCUGUUUUGAGUAUAAA